GCGCUGCUGGCAGAAAUGGGCGUGGCCAUAAGGGAGGAUGGCGGAACGCUGGGUGUCUUCUCUCCUAAAAAGACCCCUCACCUGGUGAACCUGAACGAAGAUCCUUUGAUGUCAGAAUGUCUGCUAUAUUAUAUCAAAGAUGGAGUAACAAGGGUGGGCCAGACAGAUGCAGACCGAAGACAGGACAUCGUUCUAAGUGGAGCGCACAUUAAAGAGGAACACUGUAUCUUCCGCAGUGAGAGGAAUGCCAACGGAAAUGUAAUUGUCAUGUUGGAGCCAUGUGAGGGUUCUGAAACAUAUGUGAACGGAAAGCGUGUGAAUUCUGCAGUCCAGUUGCGCUCUGGUAACCGUAUUAUCAUGGGAAAGAACCACGUGUUCCGGUUUAACCACCCUGAGCAGGCUCGUGCAGAGCGUGAGAAGACCCCCACAGCUGAGACCCCCGUGGAGCCGGUGGACUGGACCUUUGCUCAAAGAGAACUGCUGGAGAAACAGGGUAUCGACAUGAAACAAGAGAUGGAGAAGAGGCUUACAGAGAUGGAGAUACUUUACAAAAAAGAAAAGGAGGAAGCCGAUCAGCUGCUUGAACAACAGCGACUGGUUUAUGAGAGUAAACUGCAAGAGCUGCAGAAACAGGUUGAGACUCGCUCACUGGCUGCAGAGACACCUGAUGAAGAGGAGGAAGAAGAGGAGGAGGAUGAAGUGCCCUGGACCCAGCAUGAGUAUGAGUUGGCCCAGUGGGCUUUUAGGAAGUGGAGGUACCACCAGUUUACCUCUGUCAGAGACCAGCUCUGGGGCAAUGCUGUAUACCUCAAAGAAGCCAAUGCCAUCAGUGUGGAGCUCAAGAAAAAGGUCCAGUUCCAGUUUGUCUUGCUCACGGACACCCUGUACUCUCCACUGCCCCAAGAGCUGCUACCUUCAGAGACUGAGAAAGAGCGUGAUUCCAGGCCUUUCCCUCGUACUGUGGUGGCUGUGGAGGUACAGGACCUGAAAAAUGGAGCCACUCAUUACUGGUCGCUGGAGAAGCUUAAGCAAAGGCUUGACCAAAUGCGAGAGAUGUAUGAUCGUGCAGGUGAAAUGGCCUCCUCCAAUCAAGGGGAUGAUGGGGAAGGUGCCCUGACCGGCAGUGAUCCAUUCUAUGACCGCUUCCAUUGGUUCAAACUGGUUGGGAGCUCACCUAUUUUUCAUGGCUGUGUGAACGAGCGUCUGGCUGACCGCACGCCCUCCCCCACCUUCUCCACCACUGAUUCUGAGAUCACCGAGCUAGCCGACGAACGUCAGAGUGAGAUGGAGGACUUCAUGGAUGAUGAAGCUUUUGUGGAUGACACCAGUUCAGAUGCUGGGACUGAGGAGGGCUCUGACAUCUUCAGCGAUGGCCAGGACCCCUUCUAUGACCGUUCCCCAUGGUUCAUCCUGGUGGGCAGAGCCUUCGUGUACCUGAGUAACCUGCUGUAUCCUGUGCCCCUGGUGCAUCGUGUCGCUAUAGUAACAGAUAAGGGAGAUGUGCGAGGAUUUCUGCGAGUGGGGGUUCAGGCCAUUGCUGCAGACGAAGAGGCCCCUGAUUAUGGAUCUGGUGUGCGUCAGUCAGGCACUGCUAAGAUUUCCUUCGAUGAUGAGUAUUUCAAAAAGAGUGAUUUCUCCUCUGUGUCCAUGACGCACUCUGGCUUCUCUUUGGAAGAGCUGCGUAUUGUAGAAGGCCAAGGUCAGAGUUCAGAGGUCAACACCCCCUCAGAGGAGAUAAACAGAAUAAAUGAUAUGGACCUGAAGCUGGGGAAUGUGGAAACAAAGUUGAUUGAUGGUUUGGCGGAGCAUCUUGAGGUGGGCAGCAUUUUCACCUUCCGCGUCACCGUUCUGCAGGCAAACUGCAUCCCGCCUGAGUACGCAGACAUCUUCUGCCAGUUCAAUUUCCUCCAUCGUCACGAUGAGGCAUUCAGCACAGAGCCCCUGAAGAACACAGGCAAAGGAGCCCCGCUGGGCUUUUACCAUGUACAGAAUGUCUCAGUGGAGGUGACCGAGUCCUUUAUUGAGUACAUAAAGACAAAGCCAAUUGUGUUUGAAGUGUUUGGCCAUUAUCAACAGCACCCACUCCACCUUCAUGGACAGGAAUUAGUCAGCCCUUCUCAGCCUUCCAGAAAGUAUUACCCCCCACCGAUGCCUCUGUCUAAACCAGUGCCAGCCACCAAACUGAACACCAUCACUAAAUCCAACCUGGGUCAGUGUGUAAGCAAGUAUGACCUGCUGGCCUGGUUCGAGAUCAGUGAACUGGAGCCCACCGGAGAGUAUAUCCCAGCAAUAGUGGAUCACACAGGUGGGCUUCCCUGUCAUGGAACAUACCUAUUGCACCAGGGCAUCCAGCGUAGAAUCACAGUCACUCUGAUCCAUGAGAAAGGCAGUGAACUCCACUGGAAGGAUGUCAGAGAGCUGGUGGUUGGCCGAAUCCGGAAUAAGCCAGAAGUGGAUGAUUCAGGUGCAGACGCAGUCCUGUCUCUCAACAUCAUCUCAGCUAAAAACUUGAAAUCCUCCCACAACUCCAGCAGGACGUUCUACCGGUUUGAGACGGUCUGGGACAGCUCCCUCCACAACUCUCUCCUGCUGAACCGUAUCACUCCCUAUGGAGAGAAGAUUUACAUGACCCUGUCUGCUUAUCUAGAGCUUGACCACUGUAUCCAGCCUGCUAUUAUAACCAAGGACAUCUGCAUGGUCUUCUACUCCAGAGAUGCUAAGAUCUCUCCUCCACGAUCACUAAGGAAUCUGUUUGGAAGUGGUUACUCAAAGACCCCUGACUGUAAUAAAGUAACUGGCAUCUAUGAGCUUAGCUUGUGCAAGAUAGCAGAUGCAGGAAGCCCAGGUAUGCAGCGGCGGAGACGGAAGGUCCUGGAUACAUCAGUGGCAUAUGUGCGUGGAGAGGAGAACCUGGCAGGCUGGAGACCCAGAGGAGACAGUCUGAUCCUGGAGCACCAAUGGGAGCUUGAGAAACUUGAGCAGUUGCAUGAGGUGGAGAAAACACGUCAUCUGCUGCUGCUUCAUGAGAAGCUGGGUGAAACGGCUCCUCCAAAAUCCCUAUGUGAUUCUCUGUCACCCAGCCUGAGCAGCGGCACCCUCAGCACCUCUACCAGCAUCUCCUCCCAGAUCUCCUCUACCACCUUUGAGAGUGCCAUCACGCCAAGUGAGAGCAGCGGAUAUGACUCCACAGACAUCGAGAGCUUGGUAGACCGCGAGAAGGAGCUGGCCACCAAGUGCCUCCGUCUCCUCACACACACUUUCAACAGUGAAUAUAACCAGAUGUGCAACAGCAUCAGUGACUGCAAGUUGUCGGAUAUCUCUCCUAUGGGCCGUGAUCCGUCAGUCACCAGUUUUAGCAGUGCCACUCUCACCCCCUCCUCCACCUGCCCCUCUCUGUCCGACACUCGUACCCCUGAAGCCAACUCUCGUGCCACCAGCCCCUCAUGCUCUGAUUAUGAGAACUUCCCCAUGGUGCCCAUUCUGGAGACGUCCUACCUGGCACGGGCUGGCAAACAUGAGUUCCUCAACCUUUUGCCUGAUAUUGAGGAGAUGAGACCUGGAUCUGUGGUAUCAAAGAAGGGAUUUCUCAGUUUCAUGGAGCCCCGCUCUAACUCCUGGGUAAAGCACUUUGUGGUGGUACGUCGGCCGUAUGUGUUCAUCUACAACAAUGAUAAGGACCCAGUAGAGAGGGGCAUGCUGAAUUUAUCCACUGCUCAGGUGGAAUACAGUGAAGACCAGCAGGCCAUGCUUAAGACACCCAAUACAUUUGCUGUGUGCACCAAGCACAGAGGAAUUCUCCUCCAGGCCAACAAUGACAAAGACAUGAACGACUGGCUCUAUGCCUUCAACCCACUAUUAGCAGGAACGAUAAGGUCCAAGUUGGCGAGGAGACGGUCCGGUCUGAUGAAGAACUGAACGAGCGCACAUAUGGGCAUAAAUAAUGCUCAUAUUUCUCUGUCUACCUUUACAACGUACUAAGUGUGUUAACACUUCUAAAUCUUUGUGGUUCUUGAUGGUUUCUCGUGUAUGUAGACCUGUGGCUGUUCUCCUCUCCAGCAAAAGAACUUUCAGUUCCUGAACACCAACUCUCUCCUUCUUCGUCCUCUCUAUUUCUUUCCUAACCCUUUGUGUUAUCGAUUGGAUUUAUUCAGUCUUAACUUUUGUUAUUUGUCAUAACAGAACCUCCAAGUAGCAUGUUGUAAUAGUCUAUUUGUGUGUGUGCACGAAUCUUCAGAGCAGGUUCUUUUUUCUCUUGAGUUGCUCUUGUCUGUAAAGAUCGUCCUCACUAGUGUUGUCCACUAGGAACAUCUUGCCCACAUGGCCAACAACAGCCAUGACACUCUGGAGACAGUUGGUUUGCCAAAACAAAUCCCCUACAACUACACCAAGUAAAAAUAAAUAAUAAUAUUAAAAAAAACACUCAUAGUUAAUGAACACCACUUUCUCUAAUAGAAUGCAUACAAAACAUAAACAAAUAGCUAUUUUGCUCAAGUUACUGCAAAAAAAAAAAAAAAAGUGGUUAUACCAACAAUGCAAAAAAUAAAAAAAUAAUAAUUUUAGAUGGACCAAAGCACUGAAAAUUAGAGCAAAAUUUGUCCCUCAAAUGAAUGUUAUUGCUGCAUCAGCUUAAUGGAUUAGCUGAAUUAGACCAAGCCAUGAUGGUCAAGACAUAGACCAUGUACGCUCGCCAGUUUACCCAUAUGUCCAGAACUGUACCACUUUGCAGUGUAUUUGCUUGACAAAAGUCCACACAUCAAGGACGUAAAACAUACCAUUUGCAAAGAAAUAUAGCUCCUGUAAAAGAUGUUGAUGACAUCUUGCAUAUCACUUUUUCUGUAGUAUUCUACUCAAAUGAUUCCCUCGGUACAUUAGUACAAAAUGGUGCAAAAAAAAUUAGACACAGACCACUUAACUGAAUGGAAAUCCAUUUGUACAUAACAUGUAGGAUUACUGUGCUUUAUGCAACUCAUGAAGAGACAUGACACAUUCCUUGUUGGUUUUUUUCCUUACUGUUUUAAUAAAAGCAGCGGUUUACAGACAGUUUUAACAAGAAAGAUCAGCUGGCCAAAGGUUUUGCCUCGUUGGAAGGCCAUAUAUAUAUAUAUAUGAGUGUGAUACUAAUUUAAUGGUGUUUGUGGUCAGUUUUGGCUUUUGCGAAUUUCACCAUUCUGUUUAAACCUCAACAGGAUCAUAAACCAGCCUUUUUUUCCCUAGAGCAUGAACAGGAGUUCGUAAAUUUUAAUAUUAUUGAACAUUUAUCAUGUACCUCUUUACUGUACUGAUUAAUUUAACUUAUUUUAUCAACAUAUGAUGAGUGUUUUACAUUAUCUGAAGAGCAAAUGCAACAUACAAUGGAAGUUAGUGAGAGAAUUUCCUACUUUUAAAUGACUAUUCUUCAUUAGUUAUUUGAACAGAGAAAGUUUGACCUUUAAAAAGGAUUUCUGUUUAAUCAUUAUCAGUAGAAAAUGGUUUUGGAACAAAUUAGCAUUGGACAGGCCAAAUAUACAGUUCACUGCAAUGAAGGGAAAAGGGAUUGUAUGUUUUCAGCUUUUUUUAUUGUUAUGAAAAUCUUUGCUCUGUACUCUUUAAAACAUCAAGAUACAAGUGCUGAAAUUAUCAGUGUUUUAGUCUGCUGGGGAAGAUGAAUAGAUAUUUAAAAAGAGUGAUUUGGCUGGGCAUGUAAUAGUAGUACUCUGGCCAAACAACCAGGAGAAAGUACUGCCCACCACAUUUUCACAGGAAGUGGUAUGGGUUUACUGUGUUUGCAGACUGAUCACUGUCAUUCCUUAUGAAGUUAAUAUUCUUGCUGCUUUUAAAUUGCACAAAGAACAUUUUCACAGGGAACACAUGAAAAUGACUCUGAAUAUUCUGCCCUUUGGUCAGGCAGCCUGUAGGGCUUCUCUGAGCUGUUGGAUUGUUACAGCAUCUGUGAAAAUGUCCAAAUUUAAUAUUUAUUCAGAUACGGCACAUAGUGCAUGAGAAAAUGUGUCACCGGUUUUGAUUUUUUUUGCACUGAAGAUUAGUGAAGGUUAGCAUUUAUCAUGAAAGUAAAUUUAUCACACAUAUGAGCUAAAUAUUGUGCAUUUUAGCAGGGCAAAGAUUUUCAUCAUUGUUUUUACUGUCUUUUGUGAGUGGCUUGGUUACUAAGGUAAAGUCAUAAAUAUUCAUAAUGAAUUUCAUUAACUGUAUUUAUUUUUUUGCAAUGUGUAUAUAAUAGUUUGCAGUUCUUUGCACAAAAUAUGUGUUUACAACUAACAGAACAAAUAAAGCUUGAACUUUUUUGUUGUUUUCUCAAAUGGAAACCAAAUGGCUUUAGGUUUUAGGAACUCAUUGAAGUGGACUUUGAAUGUAUUUGAAUUCAAAAUGCAUGAAUUAUCAGAUAAAAGAUAAAUUAUCUUUAUUAGGGACUGAUGUGUAGCUGUGCUUAUUUCUUGAAACAAUUUUCAAUUUAAUUUGACCAUGUUACAAGGGGACUUUCUUACAUUUAAUCUUAAAGAUAUUCUAGAUAUGGAGGGCAGAAUUAUGAGGAUGCCUGUUCACUUUAAUUUCUAACAUCAGGGAAUAUAUUUUGUAGAGGUCAUUCAAAAUUAUAUAUUGGAUUUUUUAAAUUUAUUUUUUUGACAAAGUCACCUCCUUUGAAUUGUUUAUGCAUUGACUCCAAAUGCAUUUUCCCAUGCUGCCUUUGAAGCAAACCUGGCAUUACUAUAACACCCCCCACAGCCCCCUCCCCCCCAUCCGUGGCCUAAUGUUUCCAAAUGAACAUCCCAAUUUGUUGUGGUAAAACAACAGAAAAUAGUUCAACAGAGGCAUUAACACUGUACAUUAUUUGUCAGAUUGGCUUAAUUUUCAUACUUAUUUUGUAAAUAUUACAUGUUGUAUGGAAAUUGGAUUAAAAUGUAAAUAUGUCUCCUGUAUUUGUAAUAAUUAUAAAACAUUCACUGUAUAGCAUAGACGUGUAAUGCAUAUAUCCUAAUUCUGUGUAUGGUAAUCUUGCACCAUUGACUUGUUUAGUGAAUGAGGUAAAAAUAAAAUUACAGCCAGUGCAUUAGA